AUGGCCACUCUUCUUCUGAAUAAGGAGAAGAAGGUUACUACUGCAAAUGUUGUUUCGGAAGUAUGUCCCAAAAUGUAUGUUGUGAUUUACAACAUAGGGAAGAAAAAGAAUAUUGGAAGUAUCAUAAGAAACUGUGUUGCAUUCAAUGUGAGAAAAAUAUUUGUAGUAAGCAGAAAAAAAAAAGAAGUCAAUUUUUUUGGAAACAUGGGAACAUGUGAAUAUAUAUGUAUAGAAUAUUUCAGCACUAUGAAAGAGUUAAAGAAUUACCUUCAAGAAAAUGAUAUAUUAUUGUAUGGAUGUGAAAUAACAAAUAAUUCUGUACCAGUAACAACUUAUCCAUUUGAACAUAAAGAUACAGCUUUUUUAUUUGGGAAUGAGGGAACAGGAAUUCAUGAUGAAAUACUCAAUUAUUGUGAUAAAACAAUUUACAUACCUCAAUAUGGAAAUGGAACUAGUUCUCUUAAUGUCUCCGUUUCAUGUGGCAUUAUUUUGCAUCACUUUGCAUUUUGGGCAAAUUAUCCUGAGAUGGAAAUUUCUGGUAAAAAAUUCAUCAUCAACAAAUGUGCAAAUAAAUUAGAACUAUAUUUAAAUCCAUCCGAUGAUUUGUUGUGUCAGAUAAAUGAGAAGCGUGCGAAGAGAUCCGCACUCCCGGUGGAAGCGGAUUUUUCUCUAAAGUUUUUGGACACCUAA